CUGUACCAGAAUUUGGUAAUCUCCUAACCUGAAUCAAACCGGCCCAAAAGGCGGUUUUUAGGGUUUCUUCAAUUUUGGAUCGGACUGCCACUCUGAGCAUCGUUCACUCUCUCUGCCGCUCGCAUUUCUUGUCUCACUCGCACUAAGCCGCCGUUGCCCUCGACUACUCGCCUGCCAUCGCCAUCUACUCAUUACACUCUUGCUCCUUAUUUGAAAUUUCCCUGUCUCCGUCGAUUCUCAGCAUUUUCUGGGUCUCUCUGCUCGUUUAUUUGGCUACAACAAUUGGAUAUCAAAGCUCUUUGGUUGUGCCAUUUGAGCACAACAAGUGGUAUCAGAGCUUUUGAAGGUUGUGGAAUUAUGGCGCACAACAAGUGGUAUCAGAGCUUUUGAAGGUUGUGGAAUUAUGGCGCACAACAAGUGGCAUCAGAGCAUUUGGUUGUGGCAUUCCACUACAACAAUUGGGUAUCGAAGCAUUUUUUGUUCGUGCAUUUUGCACAACAAGGCAUCAAGGGAGAAGAGAGCUGAUGGUGGAAGUAUGGUGGUCGCUCUUGGGGGCAGCUAUUCCAGCAGUAGUUGCAGGGCAAGCAUACAUAAUGAGAAGAAGGCAUUCCGAGGAACAAAAAAUAAAGACCGCCAGGGGAAGGGAGAAGAAUCCAGAUGACAUUUUUGUCUGUGAGAGGGUCUGCACAUCAAAGCGAAUGUUGAAAAAGGUAGGCUCUUUCUCAAAAGACCCGAUUCCCGACACUUGCGUGACUGUGUGUGGAGUAUCCGAGCUUGAUGCCUGCACGGAUGCCUGUGCUCGCACUGUCUGUGUGAAUCAACAUCAAGUGCCAAACUGGAAUGACAUUUGUCUUAGGAAAUGCCAGAGUGAAUGUCUUAAGCUUUCGGCUUCACAUUCAUCUUAGUGAAAUGAUAUGAUGUGUAAAUGCUGCAAUUUUUGGAUGCAUACCGUGUAUUGCAUUUUGGAACUUCUGGUUUUCUGGAGAUGAUGUGAAAUGUUAUUCUCAAUUUAUUUACUCAGGUUUUUCUUG